ACAAGUUUCAUGGGUACUUCUGUUUGUCAACAUCUGAAUACUGAGUUCAAGUUAACCAUCCUAAGGAGCAAGAGAGAAUGAAAUCAAAGGAACGGAAGCAUUAGAGCACAGACAGCAGUUAUGACUCCAGCUAUGAACCGUGCAUCGCAAGAAAAGAAGAAGGCACUAAGAAAGGGAAGUGUGGUGAUUACUGGAGCCUCGUCAGGACUUGGUCUUGCCACGGCAAAGGCACUGGCAGAGACAGGGAAAUGGCACGUAAUAAUGGUCUGCAGGGAUUUCCUGAAAGCUGAGAGAGCAGCUAAAUCCGCUGGAAUGUCCAAGGAGAACUACACCAUCAUGCACCUUGACCCCUCUUCCCUUGAUAGUGUCAGGCAGUUUGUGGACAGCUUCAGGCAGUCAGGUAGACCACUAGAUGUGCUAGUAUGUAAUGCAGCAGUUUACCAGCCCACUGCAAGGGAACCAGCUUUCACAGCCGAAGGAUUCGAGCUCAGUGUCAGAACUAACCACCUGGGACAUUUCUUACUAUCCCGGUUGCUAAUGGACGACCUAAAUAAGUCUGAUUACCCAUCUAAGCGCCUCAUCAUCGUCGGCUCCAUAACAGGUAACACAAACACGUUGGCUGGUAAUGUACCUCCAAAGGCCAACCUAGGGGAUCUUCGUGGACUUGCAGGGGGGCUGAAUGGAUUGAACAGUUCAGCCAUGAUUGACGGAGGAAACUUUGAUGGUGCCAAGGCCUACAAGGAUAGCAAAAUCUGCAACAUGCUCACCAUGCAAGAGUUCCACAGACGUUACCACGAGGAGACCGGAAUUACAUUUGCUUCUCUAUACCCUGGUUGCAUUGCCACAACUGGCUUGUUCAGGGAGCAUAUUCCAUUGUUCAGAACCCUUUUCCCCCCAUUCCAGAAGUACAUUACCAAGGGUUAUGUCUCAGAAGAAGAAUCUGGUAAAAGACUUGCACAGGUGGUAAGUGAUACAAGCCUAACCAAAUCAGGUGUUUAUUGGAGCUGGAACAAGGAUUCAGCUUCUUUUGAGAACCAGCUAUCCCAAGAGGCUAGUGAUGUCGACAAGGCACGAAAGGUGUGGGAUGUCAGUGAAAAGCUUGUUGGGUUGGCAUGAAGAGCAGCUAAGCUCACAUAACCACAAGG